AUGGACAUUCACCAAUCUUCUAGCAUGCCACGCGUGCAAGAACCGCUUGGAAGACCCUCACCAUAUAUCAUUCCCGCAUACGAAGGCGAUACCAUGAUGAUACCUGGCAGCAAGGCUACUGUACGUCUACUCGCCAGUGCCAAGGAGACUUCGGGCCUAAUAUCUGUGUUCGGGUACGAUGGUACCCAUGGGGACGCUCCAGGCUUCCAUUAUCAUAAUCUGGCGCACGAUGUUUUCAUGUGCACACGUGGACACAUAAAAGUCUGGGCGGGAAAUCGCUGUAAAAUUCUUAGUCCGGGAGAUUUUUGCUACGUUCCCCCUAAGGUCGUGCACCAACCGCAGCUCAUCGAUGAUGGAAACAACGAAUCGAUCGGGAUAGUCACCCCUGGACAAUGGGUUGACUUCUUUCGGCUGAUCUGUAGAAAGUAUGAUGGUGUUGUUGCGGAUGAGUUUGAUAUAAGCGACAUAGGAGAGUUAGUUGGAUCUCGAAUCAUGGAAAUCAAGGACAGGUACGACGUCGUCUUUCAACCAGGAUUCCAGGGUGCGGAAGUCAGCGAUUUGACAAAGAAAGAGGAUUCUAAAUUGCCCGAUGAGCCUGGAAAGGAGUACUAUCUCAAGGCGAACACAGGACCGUGCCAUCUACUCGAGGGUGUGCUAAGCAGGCCUUUCAUCACCACUAAGCAAACUCAGUCGCCCACGGGGAAUUUUGCGGCUACAGCUAUCGAGUCAAGUAACCGAUUGGCAAACUCGGUCCUGAGUAGGCCAUUCGCGUUCAUGAAGGUUCAUCAGGUAUAUCAUGUUCUAGAUGGAGCGAUCAACGUCACUCUUGACGGGAGUGCGAAUGUCAUUCGAGCAGGAGAGACAGCUUUUGUUCCGGCUGGCACUACGAUCUCGAUUGAGUUCCUCGACCGAUACAACCGCUUCUGGGCAUAUUCGAGCGGAAGUGGACUAGAGUCGCUGAUCGCGGAUGCUGGUGGCAAGUUCGAGGGCACCCUUGUGCCAGAUAAAAGUAGACCGCUUGAUAAAGAGGCGUUGAAGAAGGCAGCAGAGAAACAUGAUGUCAGCAUCUCGACUUAG